AUGCCUUCUUUCGCAGCCUUUCGCCCGCUGCAGGCGUCGCUAUCUCGGGGGAUUUCCGCCCGAGGUCUCACAGCUAUGACGUUCGAGACUCGCCGGUCCUUUUCCAACUACCUCGUCUCCCCACAAGAGCUCGCAGACGCCCUGAAGAAGAGCCCGCCGUCGCCCAUUUCGUCCGAGCCCCGCGUAAUCCCGCUCUGCGCCUCGUGGUUUCUCCCCAACGAUCCGGAGGGCCGCACUGGGAUUCAGGUGUUUCGGGAGAAACGCAUCCCAAAGGCGAGAUUCUUCGACCUCGACAAGGUGAUCGACAAGCGCAGCCCAUACCCCCACAUGCUGCCCAGCUCAAAAAGCUUUGCCGAGGCCAUGAGCGAGCUGGGCAUCCGCCACGAGGACACCGUUGUGGUCUACGACAGUCAGGAGCUGGGCAUAUUCAGCGCGCCCCGUGUCGGGUGGACCAUGAAAGUCUUCGGCCACCCCAAGGUGCACGUCCUCAACAACUUCAGGUUAUGGGUUGAGCAGGGUCUCCCAAUCGAGUCAGGCAAUGUGUGGACGGUGGAGUGUGGGACAUAUCCGAUCCCAGAGAUGGACGAGGACAAGGUUGCGCACUUCGAGGAGGUUCGUGAAGUUGCCCAGGACUACAACAAGGAAGGCUCCGAGGGUGUGCAAGUCUUGGAUGCCAGGCCCUAUGGGCGCUGGUCUGGAAAGGCGCCAGAGCCGAGGCCCGGAUUGUCCUCUGGCCACCUACCCGGAUCAAUCAACAUCCCCUUUGAUGCAGUCCUUGACCCUACGACCAAGGCGUUUCUUCCUGCAAAUAAGCUGAAGGAGGUAUUUGUGAAGAAGGGAGUCAACCCAGAGAAGCCCAUCAUUUCUAGCUGUGGGACUGGCGUCACAGCUUGUGUCGUUGAGACGGCAUUGAAUGAGGCCAAGUUUGGGUCACCGGAGAAGAGAAAGGUGUAUGACGGCAGUUGGACGGAAUGGGCGCAACGAGUUAAGCCCUCUGAUUCACUCAUUCUAUCCGAGGAGUAGGGUUGAUGUGAAACAACUAUACCCACGGUGGGACAUGCGCCAUCCCGAAUUCCACACGCCACUCUACUUUAUAUGUACGAUUACAAACAACAACAAAUACUUUUACGACUUGUGAAGCCGCUCGCUGCCUGCUACCGAUGAGACAUUCCACGGCUAGCAGCCUCGACGCGGCACUUCCAAGGACGAACCGGAGGAGCUGUUGCAUUGGACGGUGUUCGGGGCGUUUGGAUGGGAGGAGCAUGGAGACUGUGUGCGUCAAGCAAGCAUAGGCGGAAUGCGUUGCGCGCGUGAUAUUGGUUUUGCAACGGGACUACUAUUCCAAUUUCAUUUAUGGCCGAGU